AUGUACGGAAUCAAAGUAAAAUCGUGUUUCGCGUUCAACAAACGAAACACCAGCGUACAACUGAUCGACGAUAAAGGGUACGUUUUACAUCCACUCCGUUUAUCUUCAUGUCGUACGCUCCUCGCGACGAAUUCAUUUAUCAAAGUUACACGUGCACCGUUCCGUUUUACUUUGUAAAUCUCGUUUCGAACUUGUUACGUAAAACAAGGUCGACUCGAACGCUUUUGUCGAACGAAUCAACGUACGAUCAUUCAAUCGUACACACGUCGGAGAUUACGUAAUUCGGGUAUGAAUUUUCCACGCAUUUCGUGCUGUGGCAUUGGUCAGUAUGAGUUCGAUCAUAACCGCGUUGCGUAACCUACGUUUUUUCCAUGACAAAGGUGUCCCGUAAAGGCUCGGGUCAUGACGAAAUUCAUCUACGAUCGGAACACCGGCCUGGCGGAUGCUACAUUGUUCUCCAUGUUCCGGUUCCCCGACAGUCCACAGGUGCAUUUUCAAUGCGACAUCGCGGUGUGCAGAGGAAGCUGCGGUAUCCCCGUUUGCGAAGGCGAUAACGAGGAAGAUAUAAAGGGAGCGUCCUUAAUUAAUGGGCAAAGCGUGAGCGGCGAGGAAGGAGUGCUCUUAGCCGGCACGAGCGUGUUCGUUCUUGACCCUGGUCAAACGCCAUCCGUUCAGACGCUGUACGAGGACGGCAGUGUUCAUCCGUUGUGGCUGUUAUGGCUGGCGGUGGCUCUUGGCAUUUUGUUCCUCAUCAUGCUGAUAAUCAAUAUAUUCCUCUGCUCGGCGAUGACCUGCAGCUGCACCAGAACGGACAUUAUCGAGAAGGAGCCAUCGAUUAUCGAGGACUACGAUCCAUAUCGUAGCUGGCACGGCUCCCAAUACGGCUCGAGGUACUCGUUAAACGGGAAGCAAGGAUACGCUUCCGGAGGAUCGACGAUGAAUUCCACGAGGUCGAUAUCGACGAACAGCGAUCACUACGCGAUAGUUCACUCCAGGCCAGGGAGCAGAUAUUCUGGACCAGGUCAGAAGCAUCAUCAUCAUCACAGAGGGCCGCCGUCGAACAUUGGCUCGCACUAUUCUGGAAAAUAA